AUGGCUCUCUUUCUACGUUUGCUGAGCGCCUACGGGCUGGCACUUACUGUCUGCGGUCAGACAUUCAACAACGAAACAACUGGCGAGCUUCAGGCCGUGCUUACAAACCUCGAGCGGCACUGGUCAUACGGCAGAUCGCCGCCAGUUUAUCCUAGUCCUGCAGGAAAUGGGGCAGGUGAUUGGGCCAGUGCAUAUGAGCAAGCCAAAGCUCUUGUUGCCCAAAUGACAAACGAUGAAAAAAACAACGUCACGUACGGUUUCCCAUCAGCUAGCAAUGGCUGCUCAGGGAACUCAGGGGCCGUCCCCCGGCUUGAAUUUCCUGGCCUCUGCUUACAGGACGCUGGAAAUGGGGUCCGAGGCUUGGACAUGGUCAACGCAUAUGCCUCAGGCCUCCAUGUCGGUGCGGCUUGGAAUCCCGACUUGGCAUAUAAACGCGGCCAAUACAUGGGGGCAGAAUUCAAACGGAAGAGCAUUAAUGUAGCCUUAGGGCCUGUUGUGGGACCAUUGGGUCGCAUUGCCCGUGGAGGACGGAACUGGGAAGGAUUCUCCAAUGACCCUUAUCUCUGCGGCAAGCUGGCGUACGAGACUAUUAUUGGCAUGCAAGAAUCUGUUAUUGCGAGCGUCAAGCAUCUGGUCGGCAACGAACAGGAGACAGACCGCAACCCAUCCGUCUACUUAGUAAAUGCGUCCGUAUCGUCCAAUAUUGAUGAUCGGACAAUACACGAGCUGUACAUGUGGCCAUUCCAGGAUGCAGUGAAAGCUGGCGUGGGUUCGGUUAUGUGCAGCUACAACCGUGUGAAUAACAGCUAUGCCUGUCAAAAUAGCAAGAGCUUGAACGGUCUGCUCAAGACUGAACUAGGAUUCCAGGGCUUCACUCUUACCGAUUGGUAUGCGCAACAUACGGGCGUCGCCAGUGCAAAUGCGGGUCUGGAUAUGGCCAUGCCUUAUUCACCAUAUUGGGGAUCCGGCAACUUGAGUCUUGCAGUUGCAAAUGGAUCCAUGACUCAAUCCCGGCUGGAUGACAUGGCCACACGUAUAGUUGCUACCUGGUAUAAAUUCUCGAAACUUAAGAACCCUGGGGCUUACGUUCCCAUGAACCUGAGUGAACCGCAUGAAAUUAUUGAGGCCCGCGAUCCGGCAUCUGAGCACAUUAUCUUUCAGGGAGCGAUUGAAGGUCAUGUCCUUGUGAAAAACGUGAAUAGCGCCCUUCCCCUGAAGAAACCAAAGAUCCUUUCGCUAUUCGGCUAUGAUGCUCCUGCUGCGACGAGCAACUCCCAGACAGCAGCCUUUAGUUUCCAGCAAGGGCUAGGCCUGGGCAAUACCCUGUCGUACCUAGGAGGACAGCUCUUCUCAUACGAGAUAAUGGCUGCUCUGAUGGGAAGUUUUCUUGUUAAUACGACAGGACCCGGUGUUGCACUCAACGGAACUUUGAUAACAGGUGGCGGAUCAGGCAGCAAUACUCCAGCAUAUAUAGAUGCUCCGUUUAACGCCUUUCAACGUCAAGCAAAGCUUGAUGGCACAUAUCUGUCCUGGGACUUUUACUCUCAGGACCCUGGUGUGAAUGCAGCCAGCGAAGCAUGCAUCGUGUUUGUGAAUGAGCAAUCUUCAGAAGGCUGGGAUAGACCAAGUCUAACGGAUAGUUAUUCUGAUACACUUAUUACGAAUGUUGCCGCAAAAUGCAAUAAUACAAUGGUUGUGAUCCACAAUGCCGGAGUACGGCUGGUCGAUACGUGGAUCGAGCAUCCAAAUAUCACUGCGGUGAUUUUCGCGCAUGUUCCGGGUCAAGAUUCUGGUUCUGCCUUGGUUGAGAUCAUGUAUGGAAGACAAUCACCUUCGGGUCGUUUGCCUUACACUGUCGCAAAGGACCCAAGAGACUAUGGCGCACUACUCGAUCCAGUGUAUCCGGAUAACUCAACCAUGUAUUAUACUCAAUCUAAUUUCACUGAGGGCCUCUACACCGAUUACCGCUACUUCAUUGCUAACAAUAUCACGCCGCGGUUCGAGUUUGGGUACGGUUUGACUUACUCGACAUUUGAUUACCACAAUCUCGAGGUCCAUAUUUCCGGUCAUGCGCUGAAGUCUUACUUUCCACCAGGGUCGGAAAUCUACACAACGACUGAGCCGAAACCUCCAGGUGGUCUAGAUUCCCUAUGGGAUAUCGUGGCAACCAUCAGCUGUACUGUCACUAACACCGGGGAAGUUGAUGCUGCAGAAGUCGCCCAAUUGUACGUUCGCAUUCCUGGAGCCGGGCCGGAUCGACUUCUGAGGGGCUUUCUCAAGCAGACAAUUAGCCCCAGGAAUAGUUUAUAUUUACAAUUCCAUCUCACUCGACGUGAUCUGAGUCAAUGGGAUGUCUUGACACAGCAAUGGGUGCUUCGUGACGGCACGUAUGAAGUCAUGGUCAGCAAAAGUGUCUUGGACAUACAGUUGGCGGGAAAUCUGACUAUCACCUACGAUGCCAUAUGA